AGCUCCGUGAUUCGACAGGACACCUAGAAAAGCAUUAGUCCAGUUCAUUCCGAUAUAGGAAAAAUGCGAUACGCGCAUCAAUAUGAUGAGCUCCCAAGGGGAUACUCAAAGUCGCAUGCCAAAGACAGAGACCAUCGCGACAGCCGUCUCUUCGACAGUUACUCACAUAUAUCAAAGGAUCAUCGCCCUUCCCAUGAGGGACGUAAAUCUCACACCUCGCGCCGGGAUACUCAGAGUCAUAGCAGCCGGUCGUCUCAGAGUCACUCGACCCCCUCCACCUAUGGCACGUACAUCUGGCCACUAGAGAGUCGAGGGCAGUACAAGACCAUGGACCCGACCAAGUGUCGAUGCACUUGCUGCCCGCAUCCUUCGAGUAUAUCGAAGAGUCAAUAUGACCGCCACUAUCACGACGACCCCCGGCACUCCCAAGACAGGCGACCUCCCCGAGAAGAGUUCGUAAUCAAGGUUGUAGACAACUCGCGCGGGCCGCUCCGGCGUGAGCACGGCGACAGGUACCCAUUGACGCUGUCAUCAACCUCCUCCGCCUCAAGCGUCCUGUCUGUCCUUGCGCCCGACGGGCGGCGGGCCGAGGUCGUGGUUCACUGGAACGACGGAGAGCAAGAGCGGCUAGACGAAAAGGUCCCGAUGGACGACGUAAGACGCUUUGGGAAAUACCUCGAGGUGAAUGAGAAGAAGAAGCGGGUUCAUUGGUACUAG